GAGCUGCCCCGCACCAGCGUGGUCAUCGUCUUCCACAACGAGGCCUGGACCACCCUGCUGCGCACCGUCCGCAGCGUCAUCAACCGCUCGCCGCGCCACCUGCUGGAGGAGGUGGUGCUGGUGGACGACGCCAGCGAGAGGGACUUCCUGAAGAGGCCGCUGGAGCAGUACGUGCGCAAGCUGGAGGUGCCGGUGCGGGUGGUGCGGAUGGAGCAGCGGUCGGGGCUGAUCCGGGCGCGGCUCAAAGGCGCCUCGCUCUCCACGGGCCAGGUCAUCACCUUCCUGGACGCCCACUGCGAGUGCACCGUGGGCUGGCUGGAGCCCCUGCUGGCCCGGAUCAAGCUGGACAGGCGGACGGUGGUGUGCCCCAUCAUCGACGUGAUCAGCGACGACACCUUCGAGUACAUGGCCGGCUCCGACAUGACCUACGGGGGGUUCAACUGGAAGCUGAACUUCCGCUGGUACCCCGUCCCGCAGAGGGAGAUGGACCGGAGGAAAGGCGACCGCACGCUUCCUGUCAGGACUCCCACCAUGGCCGGCGGGCUCUUCUCCAUCGACCGGGACUACUUCCAGGAGAUCGGCACCUACGACGCCGGCAUGGACAUCUGGGGAGGGGAGAACCUGGAGAUCUCCUUCAGGAUCUGGCAGUGCGGAGGGACCCUGGAGAUCGUCACCUGCUCCCACGUGGGUCACGUGUUCCGGAAGGCCACGCCCUACACCUUCCCCGGGGGCACGGGCCAGAUCAUCAACAAGAACAACCGCCGCCUGGCCGAGGUCUGGAUGGACGAGUUCAAGAACUUCUUCUACAUCAUCAGCCCUGGCGUGACCAAGGUGGACUACGGGGACAUUGCGACUCGGACCGCCCUGAGACAGAAGCUGCAGUGCAAACCCUUCUCCUGGUACCUGGAGAACGUCUACCCGGACUCCCAGAUCCCCCGCCAUUACUACUCCCUGGGAGAGAUCCGCAACGUGGAGACCAACCAGUGUCUGGACAACAUGGCCAGGAAAGAGAACGAGAAAGUGGGGAUAUUCAACUGUCACGGCAUGGGGGGAAACCAGGUGUUCUCCUACACGGCCAAUAAGGAGAUCCGCACGGAUGACCUGUGCCUGGACGUGUCCAAGCUCAGCGGCCCGGUCAUGAUGCUCAAGUGUCACCACCUGAAGGGGAACCAGUUAUGGGAGUACGACCCCAUGAAACUGACGCUAGUGCACGUCAACAGCAACCAGUGUCUGGACAAGGCCACGGAGGAGGACAGCCAGGUGCCCAGCGUCAGAGACUGCAACGGCAGCCGGUCCCAACAGUGGCUCCUGAGGAACGUCACGUUGCCCGAAAUCUUCUGAACACGCGUCCGCGGAGAGAGAGACGGAGGGCAAGCGAGAGAGAAAGAGACACAGGCUCCCAAUACAAACAUUCGAAGAAGAGAAUGAAAGAGAGAGAGAGAGCGAGUGGGAAAAAUUUUUUCGGCUGGGCUACCUCGGCAUGCUUCUCUGCCCUCACGGUGGCUGCAAGAGAGAAAUAAAUAACUCCCCAUUACUCUGUGAGAGCCGGAGAGAGAGAGAGAGAGAGAAAAGACUUGGGCGCUCGAGGGAAAAAAAAAAAACUUGAUUCAUGUGCACUUGCCUUUCCUAGGAGGCAGUCGUCCCAGUACCGCUUGCAUAUCGGUUUGUUUACGUGACUGCCUCAGUUUGUUAUUUUUGUUUGUGUGUGUGUGCGUGUGUGCGUGCGUGUGUCUGAGCGUGUGUGUGUCUGAGCGUGUGUGUGUGUGUGUGUGUGUGUGUGUUUUCCCUCCAAAAGGGGCGUUGCUUCAUUUUUGUUUUAUUUAAGUUUUUUUUAUAUGGAAGUACAAAAAAUCAGUGGACGUGUGAUUGAAGGGCACACCUGUGAUUCAGACAGAAUAUGAGACUACAGGGUGUCCCCUGGGGAUAAGGCCUACUAAUACUGGUGUGUGUGUGUGUGUGUGUGUGUGUGUGUGGGUCAUCAGUGAGGCCACGGCUUCGGAUGAAAAGGAUAAGCCACACACUACACGGCCAGACCGAGCGAGUGAAGCUCUUUGUCCACAGAUACUUUAGGCCAGUCGAGUCAGAGGACAAUGUACUGUGGGGAAGCUCAACAGAGAGAGGAGCCGGUAACAAACUCCAAUUGAGAAGAGAACACAAUGAAGCAAUCAUAAAAAAAACAGGGUUGACUUUAAAUUCCUAUAGGAUCAAAAGACAAAAUAAUCAGUUUUGUGAUAUCUUCGAUUUUUAUGUAGGAUUUUUUUAUAUGAAUCGUAAACAUGAUUUUUUUUUUGUUUGUUUUUACAGUUUUUGUGAGUGCCACAAAAAAAAGAAGUGAUUUGAGUUUUAUUUUUAAAAUUUAAAUUGGACCCCUUUUUUGUUUGUUUGUCUGUCUGUCUUAAAUAAGAUGUUAAUAUAGAGCUAACAUGUACACACCUAGGUCUCUGUAUAUCCCAGAACUGUUGCCUUCUUGGUCAUUUUGUGACUGACCUCGAUGAUCUAAUCUUGCUGUUUUGCUCCGUAAUGGUGGUCUUUCCAUUUCAGUCUGAAGGAGAGAGUUGUGCUUCCACGCUUAUCUACUGUGGUGUGUCACCCUGAGACAGUUCCCCACGUGACCCUCCUCGGGCCCUUUCCCUUUCUCGUGUGAUGAGCGCACGUCUUCACGUCAUCGCUACGUUUCAUUGCGGCCAUCGCGCACCUUUGCUUGGUCCCACAGGGGGGCGCACUUUGGAAAUGCUCGGCGUGGACUUCGCUUCAGGAGCUCUGUAUCGCCGGGUGACGCGGAGAUCGGUCUCCCCCUUGCGGUCACGCCCGCUUGCACUCUUCAAACCAGCUGAAUGCCCCCCUCGCUCCCUACUUCCUCCAAUGGCGGGGAAGGGUGAACAGUGGACACGCCCACACAUCAGCUGCAUUUCAUCUUUUUAUUUUCUGUAGAUACAAAGAAACAUGAAAAGACUGCACUCUCAUAUCUUUUCUGGAUUAACAGACCAAAAGAAACCUUUACAGACUGAAGAUUAUUAACUGUGGAGCAAAUGAACAGGUGUGAUGUGGAAUCCCCCCAUAAGGGUUUUCGAUGAUAACACAGAUGCAUCAUUGACUGAUAUUAUGGAGUCCUCUUGUCUGAAGGCGCACACGGGCCAUCGUAUCAACAACCAGAAGCCUCAUUCUGGAUAUCAUUUUUUUAUCAUUAUAUUGCUUUUAUCAUCAUGAUUAAUUCACGUUUAAUAUGGAUGUUAAUGACCAACACCAUCUUCUUCCUUCAUGUGCUUUAUCCGAAGUUUUUGGUAAAGUUCAUACAUUUCAGUUUCCUUUCUAAGCAGGAAAAAGGGUGUUUACACACAUUCUUAAAAAUAAAUGUCAGUUCAUUUGUACUUUUUAUUUCAUGUUUCUGAGACUGAACCUUGAAGGGUCUGGUGAUUUGUAUGGCUGUAUUUUCAGGGCUCCCGCAGGAGCUGGUCUACAAGGGGGAAAUAAAGAGUGAGAAAGUG